AUGCCGGACCCCGACAUAGCCCAGUUCACGAGCGUCUUCCGCGCCGGCAAGCCCGACAGAGCGGCAUCCGUCACAGGCCCGACGCCCAUCCUCGCCUACAUUGCCAAGUCGAAGCUGUCCGUCAUCCUGCGACGCGUCAUGCUGCACGCGCUCGCCGUGCGGCGGCCGCCCUACCAAGAGACGCUGCGACUCAGCGACCAGCUGCGGGCGUGGCACGACGCGCAGCCCGGCCGCCUGCGCAUCCGGGUCCAUCCGCAGCACCGCCUUCACCGACACAAACUACAACCAUCAUGCACCGCAUCAUGCUCGAGCUCAUGUAUACCGCAGGUGCCUCUGCGUGCUGCACCGCCCCUACCUGACCGAGCGCAAGGACGACCGGGCCUUACGACUGCUCCCAGCAGACGUGCCGCGCCGCCGCCCUCGCCAUGCUCGAGAUGCACCUCGAGCUCGACCACGAGAUUAGCGCCGCCGGCCGCAUGCACGAGGACCGCUUCAUGGGUCUCCAAUCUGACGCUCCAGCAUUUUCUGCUCGCCUCCACCGUCGUCUGCGUCGACCUGAGUGAGUCGCGCGACAUGCCGCCUGCCGAGCGCCGCCGCUGCCAGGCGCUCUUGAAGCGCUCCCACGACGUCUGGGCCGGCCGCCGCGCCUACUCGUCCGACGCGCGGCACGCCACCAAGAUUCUGCGCGCCGUCCUCAAGAGGGUCGACGGCGGCGCGCCAGUCUGCGACGAUACCGGCACCGUGACGCGCGUGUCGUCGUCUUCUGCCGGCGUGUACCCGGCCACAGAUCUGGACUCGCCGCCAUGA